AGAAAAUGUAUAAUUAUCAAUAAUAAACAGGUCCAGGAAGAUUGAUUUUCAAUAAUCUCAGACCUUUGGCUGCUGUCAAGAUUUUGGAGCAAACAAAAUAAAAAUCGAUAAUAUAUCCUUUAAGAAAACCCAAGCCACCUCCUCCUUAAAACCCAAUGUUUAGAAAUCAACCUUCAAAAGGAGAAUUGUUUUUUGAUCCUAUCAAUCAUGAAGGAGGAUAACCUUUAUGCACUUUGUCUAUGGCAGAUUAUAAAGAAGAUGGAACUUGUCCAAAUUGCAAUAAAAAAUGUAAUAGUUGGUAUAAUUUUAUAAGUCAACAUAAAUUAAUGGUAUUAUGACCUCACUCUGGCCAUGAUUAUAAUGCAAUUCAGAAACAAUUAAAACAAAAGAGACAUAAUAGAAUGUGUCAAAUAUUAUGAUGAUGGAGAAUAUGAAAUACUCUAUACUGACUAUCAAGAAGCAAUAGAGACUGAUCAAUAUUUGAACAAUGAUCCAAUUAUUGAUGAAUUGAUUAAUGUCUAAAGAGAAAUCUUAUAAAGAGUUGGAAACAAUCAGAACGUCAUUCUAGAACAAAGCCCAGAUCUUAUUGAGAAUUUUACAAAAAUCAUUGAGAGUGCUUUAUAAUAAUGAUACACAUUACCCGAAAUCAAUUAAAUUUAUCAAACAUUAUCC